AAACAUCCGAGGUGCCUUCAUUUUCUGCCGCGCUGGCUUGCACGAAGGAUAAAGGCUCCAAUUCAUCAAGUGGAAGUUGCGGCGCAUUUCUUGCAGAUGUCAGGACAGCCUGUGACAAAGGUUUGACACAAGAGCCCAUUUGUCACACGGACGGGUUUUAACCAAGUGCGUGGGUCUGCUGAGAGCAGCGCGGAACAAAGAUUAAUAAGGUAAACGCCUGGUGCUCCCAAAGACUGCGUGUUCUAGUGAGUGGAUUGAAGCUUUUUUGACGGCAUGAAACGUGUGAGAGUGCGUGUGCUGCAGUUAUUUUUAACAGCAGAGAGACGAGGGCACACCAUCAGUAGCCUACUUUCCCGGCGCCACUUAUCAUCCUGUACCAUUUGAACAAGAGGAAGAUAAACGAGUGCGUGUAUUGUGCGUGUUGGUGGUAAAAAAGUGCAUCAAACUGUGAGAAAUUCUGUCCUGUGUUAUUCUAAAUCAUGCGUCAUACAUUGGACGGAGCAGAAUGUACCGACAGUAAUUUUUGUGCGCCCUUAAGCAGCUGCCUGGUGUCAUUUACGAGCAAUAAAAGCUAAAAACACCGAAAUCUUAAUGAGAUUUGGUGCUUAUUAGUCCGCACAGAAGUAUAUGUGUGUGUUUCAUGUGUAAUUUUACAUCAUGCGUUGUAGAUUAAGACAAACAGUGUACACCGACAGUAAUUCCAAGGCACCCUUAAGCAACGAGAUCACGUGACCAAAGCGGGGCGGUCGAACUACAAGCCAUUUUGGGGACGGUGUCAGUUUCCACGGAGCACACACACACUGCUGCAUUUUACUGGUGGCGAAGCGGAUAUUUUGGAGGCAAAGUUAUCGAUGCUGAAGCGGGAGAUUCCCUGAGCAAACGCCGGAGGAAUCGGCUGCGUUCACGCCGCGGAUAGGAUACGUAAAGAGCGCAUACGCAGCGAGGAAACGCGGAGUUUUAUUCGCACAUCUGAAAUGCGCUCCGGUCCGCCGUGCGCUCUCCGCCACUGACAGCGUCUGCAGCCUGCUUCAAGAUGGCGGCUCGGCUCCUAUUCAUUUUCUGCUGAUCGCCUCCCAACUUUCAUUGUCUUACCGCCGCAAGACCCACCGAUUCCCAACCGAGCCUUCGGGUAAGUCUCGUUCGAUAUCGUCCCUAACUAACGGGGGCAGAGGGAGAGGUUUGGGGUCAGUGCUUUUGUGUUUUUCUUCGCACCGAUCCAGCGGUGGAUGAGGAGCUUUCAACGGUGGCUGCAGCGAUCACCGACGUGGAGCUCUGUGUGUGUCUGCGCACCACUUUUUUCGCAAAAGAUGUUCCCAGCUCGAGCAUAAACGAUAAUUAAGACUGAACUUUACCCUCUGCUGUAUUGUCUAGUGUCUAGGAAUCUGCCUUUAUAAGUUGAUCUCGGUUUGGUUUCUCCUUGUGUGGUUUGGAUUUAUGUAAAGUGGGAGAUCUCGGGCGAACCAGGCUGGGUUGGCUGAGAUGUUAACAGCAGCAAGUGCUCCAAACGCUCCUCCUGUGCACAUAUUUUCAUUCAGCGUGUUUAUUUUAUAGAUUUGGGGCGUUUGGGGUGUUGUGGAUUUGGUGUAGUUGUGAUUUUGGGUGUGAUUAACCAAAUGUUGGAUUUAUUAACUUAACUUGGAUUGAUCCCAUGAUCGUGACAAGGAGGGGAACCAUUUCAACUGUGCAUAAAUGUUUGAUGACGGCUGCUUGGUAAACACUGGCUCAUUGGUGAUCACGUACCAUAGCUGUUUAUAUCUCUGCGUGAUUAUCUUGAAUAUGGAUGAUUGUGUUUUGGGGGAAAUUUAGAAAAUGUUGGCGACACUUCGGCCAGGAUACAAACAGGCUGCUUGUGCCUAAAAGCAGCCAGAGCAUCGGCGAUUUUACAGGAUUUCAGGCUGUUUAUCUGUUGACAUUUACCACCUAACACUGACAUUUCUAUAUUUUCACCUUCAUUUGGCUCAACUCUUCCACACUACGCAGCUUUGAAUCUGGCGAUACAGGACACACACAAACACACACACUCACACAGAUACGAGCCAGGCUUUCUGCCUCCUGCAUGGGGGGGGGACAAAAAAUAUCAUUCCACUCAUGAAUGCUGUUAAGGGACUCUGCGUGCGUGUAAUGGGUUAAAAUGAACGUGUUUUCUCCCGCUCGGGUUUGCGGGAUGACAGCUCACAUGUCUUGGGAUAGUCAUGGUAUCAUAUCCUAACAGAGUGGGUGGUUUUCAGCGUGUGGUGCUCACAAUUUAACACACAAAAUUCGAACCUGGUUGACUUGGAAGAAGUCGCACUCUUUGGCUGAAUUUUGAAUUUGUACGCAUUUAUUUCAGGGUUUUAUGAAUUGACACACAGAUGUUGUAUUCGAGUUAAAAUGUCCCCAUACACUGAGUUUAAUUGGGUUAUUUUCCAGCUGCUGCUCAUUUAUGUGUAAGGGGAACCUCUAUAAGAGGGGCUGCUCUUGUCUGGGAAUAAAUGAGUUCAGCACGACUCGGGUCAGAGCAAGAACGGAUGGAAAAUCUGGAUUUGUGGAUAAAAUACUGAUUGGUAUUAGUGUAUAUGAAGAGAGCCAGCAUAAUUAAAUCUGACUGCUCCUGUAGAGAAUAUAAGAUGUGUCCCACAGGUUGGAUCUUGCGUACAGAGUGUUUUCUGGAGUCAUAAUUGAUUGUACUAUGGGAGUAGACUUUGGAAUUUAGACUACUGAAGCGUUUGUUGCUCUGUCGGUGGCAUUUAGAGGGCUUGGAUACAUGACUUCUUUGAAAUUAUGGACGGAUUGACUUCAAGUUUUAUCAAGUUGAAAAAGAGUUUCUUCUGGACAGAGGGAGAACAGUGGGCUAAGCUCCACGCGUCCUUUCCUGACGCCAGAGGCUCUAAUGCGUAUAUUUAGACUUUAUCCAUUGUAAACUGCCCUUUAAGUAGGCUCGCUGUCCAAACUGGUCCGACAAAAUGUGUUCAGAAUCGGUCAUGAGAGUUUCACUGAGGCAUUCAAGCCGGCUUGGACUCUGGCACGGUGCCGGCUGUGACUCCCUGGAGUAAAAGAUCUGGACCAGAACUGGACAAAGAGGCCAUGUCUGCUGUUGAAGAGGGGUCAACUUUACAGUUUAGUUGACAGGUUACAUUUGAUGAGAAGGUGGCGUUUUCAUGCGCCAUUACAGUGUUAUUAAAAGCUGCGCACUGUCACUUAUUAUUUUCCCCACCACUAAAGAUCCAGCCGGUCUGUCUUCUGGCUCACUAUUAUGAGAUAAAUGAGGAUUUUCUGACACUUUGGUCCACGAGAAGCGAAUUUAUCUCACCGUUUGGGCUUUUGUGGUUUGCGUGAAGCGGGUUUGAGCAGCGAAAUUGGCUCCAAGUGUUCCCCACGCUAACGUUUAAUGAAAAAGGGAGGUGUUUCUGUGGCUGAUAAUGACGCAGAAUAAAUAAGUGUGUUCCAGUGUUGGCUGGAACUUCAGCUCCAGUCGCUGCUGCUGUCUGGCCAUGUUGCUGCUGCUCGGAGCUGAUUAUCGUUCACGCGCCAUAAAAAACACGGCGCAAAGCGAAGCGGAAUAAAAGGGUGAGUGGACAUACUCUUUGCUGUGAUCCCUGACCGCUCAGAGCUCGUGUAAACCCGCAUCAUACUGGUUGUGUUUACCCCCUUUUUUCGAAGGAAACCCCCGCAGCCCGUUGAACCGACACGGGCUUUUUUUUUCUCCUCCACAAAAUGGCAGCCGUGCUGUCGGCAGCCUGGCAGUCCAGCGGCUCUGACUGUGAGCCUCCGGUCCCUCCUCAUUCCCGCUCUCACACCGGCAGCUCGCCGUGUUGUUGUUUUGGUUGGAGAGGCUGCCUUGUUCUGGUGACUGGCGACCAGCCAUGUGGGCUAAAAAAGCAAAAGGAGUUGCCAUAGAAACGCUCAGGUUUCCCCUAUAGCUUAUGUGGCACACCUGACGCAGUGAAUGGGUGUCUCCUGUCGCCCCUCGCUCACCCACACCCACUCAGGGCGCUUUAGACCCCGCACCUAAAAAUAUCACGAACUAUCGAAAGGGUUCGGUUAGAAAAGAGGUGUGCGUCGCCACGAAUUCAAUCAGUCGAGUUUCAUUUUGAGUGAGGCGUAAACUGAGCAGUGGUUCACGGCUGGAUACUUCAUGUUGCUUUCACACAGUUUUGCCCGUCCACGGAACAACAAAAUUUCCACCAGUUUAGUUUUGAAAUGUGGUCAUUCAUCCAAAAAAAAAAACAACAACAAAAAACCGCUAGACAUGCAGGCAAGUUUGGAAUUACGCAUGCGUGUCCCGAAUUAUCCAGCCUGUUUGAUUUUGCGCAACAUUUCUGUUGAUUUGUGGAAACGUCCUCUUGUGCCUUUUUUGAGCUCUGAACCUCUUUGCUUUACCUGCGCUUCCUUUCUCCUCUGAUCUCGCCAUGUGUUAAACCAUGUCUCUGGGAGAUGAAACACAGAAGAAGAGCCCGGAUUCCAUCGAUCUCCCAGUGGAAGUGAUUGAUUUAUGAUUAUUCACCGCGCUGCUGCUGCUGCUGCUGCCUCUCAAUCUGCUUCUGAGCUCUCCUCCUUAAGUUAUUAUGUGAUUAGCAUAAACGAUGAUGUUGCUUUAACACAGUCAAACAAACAGCAGUUUCCUACCCCAAAUGGUCUGACAGUACCCUCUCCUCUUGCGCUUCUAAAACUCCCUCUUUGUGUUUCUUCCUCGCAGGAUUGUUGUUCCUCUCUCCGUCAAAAUGCACCGGACGACCAGGAUAAAGAUCACGGAGCUCAACCCUCAUCUCAUGUGCGUCCUGUGUGGAGGAUACUUCAUAGACGCGACCACCAUCAUCGAAUGUCUGCACUCAUGUGAGCAAAAACCAAACCAUUUUUUCAGCACACUCACAGAACUGUAUUUGAGUUUCAUCCUACAACCAGACCAAGCUUUCUUAAAGCUCCUAUUUCCCUUUGAUCACAUCUGAUAUUCACAGUCUUUUGUCUUUUUUUCUCUUUGUUUUGCAGUUUGUAAGAUGUGCAUUGUGCGCUACCUGGAAACCAGCAAAUACUGUCCCAUCUGUGAUGUACAAGUGCAUAAAACCAAACCCCUGCUCAACAUCAGGUGAGAACUAUGUGCACUGAAAUUUCUCACACACUCUGACCUUUGACUCCUGUUUCAUUUAAAUCUAUUUAUGCCUAAACUGUUUAUUACUAGGAUAAUAAGUUUGGCAGAGAACACCAAGCUUGUGUUUGAGUUGAUCAUUUAGAUUUUAAUAGGAAAAAAUAAGUCAGCCACAGCUGUGAAGCAGUUGCUUGAAAAUCUCUUUGUUUCCUGUUUCUCGUCCUUUGUGGUUACCAGUUUGUUUCCCCUUUGAGCGGCUGGAUUAAAUUUUUAGAUACAAGGAAACUCACAGAUCACUCACACCAUCUUUGUGAAAAUUAACCCUGCUCUUCAUUCUGCUUUUGAAUGCCAACAUCUUGCACACAUACCACAAUGAAAACAAGCAAGGAAAUAAAGUGAACUGUGUUCCCCCUGCAUAAAUUCACCUGAAUAGGAGUGUGUGAGCUCGCUGGUUUGCAGCACAAAUGUGGAGGACUCCGUGAUCUCUGACUCAAGUUUCUCUUUCUCUCUCUCUCUCUCUGCAGGUCUGACAAAACUCUCCAGGACAUUGUGUACAAGCUGGUCCCCGGCCUCUUCAAAAGUGAGUGUGUGAAAGUGGAACAAACGUCUUACUUUCAUCAUGACUCUACAGUUUCAUUUUCUAGUUUUCUUUUGAAUGGAUGAAAUAUAUUUUUCUGCUGCUUGAUCAAAAGAAACUGAUUCUCCCACGUUCAAAUAGGAAAAAAUAUCUGUAUUGGAAAGUGUUAGUUCUAGUGUGUUAUUUAAUCACCGUCUAUUAUUAUAAUUUUUUUUUAUGAUGGUGCUGUUGCAGCAGAGCUGAGAUCAUCUCUUUAUUAUCAUGUAGUUGAUUGUGUUAUUCAUGAAGUUCUGCUUUGUUCUGUCAUACAUGCUGUUAUUGAGGCAAAGCCGCUCUUGUUUCACUGACUGUUUCCUUAACAUAGUCCAAACUGCAGGAUGUGUUUUUUUUGUAUGUAAAAUGAAGAGCAGUGUAUGGCGAUUUAAAGACUUCAAUCCACAUGAUUAUUUAUUUCUAUUUACCUAUUUUUUAAGGAAAGCAGUCAUUGUCUUGUGAUCACUUUUCAAAUACUUCUGUACUUAAAAAAGGUCCUGUUGUGAUUUUGUGAUUUUGCAUGUGAGAAUCAGGCAGCGGUGGGAUCAUUAUUUAAACAAACUAGCUGAAUCUUGUGGAGGCUAAAAGAGGACAAACUUUUAAUCACUUCUUCUUCCUAUUUGUCCUCAGAUGAAAUGAAGAGGAGGAGAGACUUUUACGCAGAUCAUCCAGUCGAUGGUGAGUCAGAAAUCAUGUGUUAGGUCAAGAAAAACUUCUUUUCUUGAGUUUUGGUUCAAAUAAAAGACUGAAAUUUAGAUUAUAGUAUCUUUGCACUUCAAUGGAUGAAAUACUACCCUGUAUUUAUUUAAUUUUGUGUCUGUUUUCUAGCCUCUAAUGGAUCUAAUGAAGACCGUGGAGAGGUAGCAGACGAGGACAAGAGAAUAAUCACAGAUGACGAGAUCAUCAGCCUCUCCAUUGAGUUCUUUGAUCAGAGCAGGUACACUAUCAUGUGGAGUAAUUUCUUUUAUUGAUAAAAUGCAAAAUGAACAUCUAACACAACAGCUGUCACAUGUCUUACCGUUUUUAAGACUUAAAAAACUUUUUUUUUAAAGUCAUGUUCAGAAAGUAUUAAGAGUUCCUUACUGUUUUCCACCAGCGCCAAGUCUCAAAAAUCUGACAAAGCUUGUCCCUCAACUCAUUUCCUUAUCAGAUUAUAAAAUUGGCUUAUUUCCAUUUAUCAUUCCUGGAUGUUUUUCAUACAUAAUUCUUUUUUAUAUGUGAUGCAUUUAUGCAGAUUGUUUCAGCCUUUAUUAAAAAUGUCUAUAAAUUGAAUUACUUUUCAUAUAUGUUUACAAGAGAUCCCCUUCUUGCUAGUGGUGACAGCUUUUAAAACUGUCAAGCAGUACUAUAAAGACCAUGCAAGUGCUGAUAAUGUGAUAAAUUUGUACCUUUUUAAGUUUAAGGAUAAUAUAUUGUUAAGAUAUGUCAUUUCUAUUGGAGGAAACAUCAAAUAAUAAGUGUGCCGUUUAUUCAGGUAGUUAUAAUUUUGAAUCAAAAAUGCCUCAAAAAUAUCUUGAGGGAAUCCUGGUCAUUUUGUUCAAAUAACAACUUUCUUUAACAGUUAUACUAUUUAAUAAUUAUUGCAUAUUUGGAGUCAGAAAUCCAAUUAUGGCAGCACUGAUAUAUUACAGCUAACAUUGGGGUUUCCCUCUUUCUUUAUUCUGUGCAGACUCGGAGGUGGAGUGGAAGACAAGCAGUCUAAAGAUCAGGUAUUGUCAUUUUAUUUUAUUUUUUUCUCUUGUUUAAGUCCUUUGCAAAAUAAAUAAAAUACCUAUAGAAAAAUAGUAGUAAUUAGAGAAAGAAACUAACUGUUGAUUUUUUUAAGGAGGCUCUAAAUUAAUAUUUAAUUCAGCUUCUCUGUUGACACAUUAAACAGUUUUCUAUUUACAAAUAGCAAUGCAUGAAAAAGAUCCUUUGUCUGCUUUUAAGGUGGACUGACCUUAGAUUUUCAGUCACUUUGUUACUGUACACUCCUCCACAAACAAUAUAAUAAGUAUUAUUGGAAUUUUCCAGGUGGCUAACAAGAGGUACCUUCAGUGUCCAGCAGCCAUGACAGUCAUGCAUCUGAGGAAGUUUUUGCGCAGCAAAAUGGACAUCCCAAGCACCUACCAGGUCUGAUUGAUUUAACUUUAUGAAACUGUUUAUCCAAACUGCUUUAACACAUAUUUGUCAGCCUUUUGAGAAUAUUGUUUGUUUGGAAUUGUUGCUCUGAUACAGAUGUGUUUUAACCAAAAAUUGUCCUUUUCUCUCUCCAGGUUGAGGUGAUGUAUGAAGAUGAGCCUCUGAAAGAUUACUACACGUUAAUGGAUAUAGCAUAUAUCUACACCUGGAGAAGAGUAAGCAUAUUUUUUGGAUGAACUACUCUUGGUUGAUAAAUAUAUUUGUUGGGAUAUUAAAUCUAUUGUGUUAUUUUUUUAAUCAUUAAUGAAUGCAGUACAUAAAAGUGUUGUCAAACAUGAGUGAUCAAUUUUGGGCAUUGUAAUAAUCCUUGUGGUCAACAUUUGAACACCCUAUUUUUAGAUGUUUUAAGUGUGUUAAAUAUUACAAAAUAAUACCAAUUUUAUCUUGACAUUGAUUCAAGAAACAGUCUUAUAAUUUGGAAUAAAUGUGGUUUGGUUUUAUGUUGCACAAAAUAAACUGUGUGGCUGCUGAAGAGUUAAAGGUAAACACUUUUUGGGUGCUGCUGAAGCUGCUUUAUGACACAAUAGAAAGGGUAUUUUAAAAGCCAAGAUAAUAUAUGUGUCCUCUUUAUCUGAAGUGUUAGAGGUAUACACUUUUUUUGUAACUGAGGCUGCUUUAUGACGCAAAAAAGCCAAGAUGAAAUAAGUGUUAGAGGUAUACACUUUUUUGUAACUGAAGCUGCUUUAUGACGCAAAAAAGCCAAGAUGAAAUAAGUGUUAGAGGUAUACGCUUUUUUGUAACUGAAACUGCUUUAUGACGCAAAAAAGCCAAGAUAAAAUAUGUGUCCUCUUUAUCUGAAGUGUUAAAUCAAGCCUGUUUAACACGGUGCAAGUCUAUUUUUAACUAUUACUUCAGAUGCACAAGCACGUCCUUUUUGAAAAGAGUGUUGUUUUUUUAAACCUUCAUGUCUUUCAAAAAUCAUGCUAUUUGAAAUGUGUGAUUUUAUGAAUGAGGUUUGGUUAAAUGAAACUGCUGUAACAUCGUAUUUUCUCUUUUCCACCCUGCUUACAGAACGGCCCUCUGCCGCUCAAGUACAGAGUCAGACCCAACUGCAAAAAGAUGAAAGUCAGCCACGCGCAGCAGGAAGGCCAGAACAGCGCGAGCAGAUCCGGUCCCGAGAGCGACUCCGCCAGCGAGAAAGCCGGGAGUCCAGCGGGGGCUCCGUCCACGUCCUCGUCGCUGCCGAGCCCCAGUACGCCUGCGCAGUCCCCUCACCCGCAGCUCCCCCACGGCCCUAACAACGUCAACGGGACCCAAGCUGCCGCCCCUCCGACUCCCAACCGGUCUUCUUUCACUCAGUUCAGCAGCAGCGGCGGCGGCGGCAGCGGCAGCGGCGGCGUCAACAAGCCACGGAAGGUCGCUCUGAACGGCUCAGCGACCUCUUCCGGAUGACGCGGGGCUCCGGAGCGAACCGGACCAGCCAACGCCAGACCCCUGCAGCUAAUACUGUUUCCAUGCCAACGUAGUUCCAUUGUGUAGACGACGUUCUCUCUCUCUCUCUCUCUCUCUCUGUCUCUCUCUCUCUCUCCAUUUGUUGUUCUGAAUAUUAUGACGUCAUAUGUAAGUCUAAACGUAGUGGACGCUCAGAGACAUUUCAAAAUAAAAGGAAACCGGAAGUCGGACGCGGGAAGUUUUUUCACCUUGAAAGAAAGCAGAUUUUUGACGUGUUGAAGAAAAAGAAAGUUGAUAGGAAGGACAAGCAUUUAUCGCCUUUUUAAAAAAGCUACGUCUUUAUUUUACAGAAAUGACUGAAGAUAGACUUUUAUAUUUUCUUUGACUCUUUUUUUUUUUUUUGCAAAUGAAACGUGUUUACCAUGAUUCUCUCAUGUGUGUUGGGAUAUUUUUGAAGUUGUCAGUUCAAACAUGCAUGCUCAUGAUAACACUUUGGUUUUCUUUGAUGACAGAGGAUUCUGCGUGUCUCCCCCCCCUCCCCUCCUCGCCCCGCUCCACCCACAGGGUUUUGUUUCUUUCCAAAAUGACAGGAAAAUACGUGUGUGUAGCGCUGCUGGCUCCGUGGAGAAAUCCACUUCAAAUUCCAUUUUACUGGAGAAUGAAAAAUCAAAGUUUCUUGUAGCUGCAGUGGAAUCAGAUUGCUUAUGCUCAACGUUGUAAGCAGUUUUAGAUGAUCCACGUGUAAAUAGGAACAAAAUGCAUAUUUAAUCAGCGAUGAUGUUAUUCUCUUAAUCCCCUUUGUUGCAAGGGAAUGACUUGGGCUCCUGUUCGGCUCCAUCUCAUGCUCAAUGACAGAUGUUUUGAUGUCUCACGUGUUUUCCGUAUUUGUAUCGCUCGAUUGUAUGGACAACUUAUUGUAUUGUUACUGUUGCACAGUAUAAAACAUCUAAAUAAAACAUUUUACACUUAUGGAAGAA